AUGACAACUUCUGUCUCAGCUGCGAGCUGGAGCUGCGCCCUACGAAUAACAGACCCGCUUCGCGGCAUUACUUGGUACUCCAAGGCUCUGUAUGUCAUCUGCAGGGCACAGCGGAAACGGCCCCCGCGGCUGAAACCCCUUUUCUCCACAGCCCCGGUGAUCCCAGCGGAAGCGCCCACGAGGGCCUCCCAGCAGAAAGCGCCGCCGGCAGCGCAGGGCGCCAGGCUGGGGCGGGACGAGGCGGGGCGCGCCUAUUGCCGGGUUUUGGUUUCUGCACGGGCAGUGAUCGUGCAGGCAGCGAUGUGGCUGCUGGCUUCAAUCCUGUGCUUUACGCUCCUCCAAGCACACAUCGACUGUAUGCAUGUAGUUGGUAUCGUGGGAGAAAAUUUUACUUUUCCAGUACAAAUAGACCAAAAAGUAGUGGAACCUGUCUGGAAGAAAAACAAGGAUAUAGUGGCUGAAUGGGAAGAGCGAAACAAACCGACAUAUUUUGAUCCUCUCCGUAACAGGAGUGUACUUAUGGAGAAUGGAUCCUUGACUAUAUUUAACUUGGAGAAGGAUGAUGCUGGCACAUACAUGCUACAGUAUUGGGAUUCUGUGAAAGAUCACUACUUAGACUUCGAACUUGAUGUGUUAGAUUCCCUUCCAGAACCUAAUAUAAGUUGCAGUACCAGUGAUGAUGAACUUGUAUUAAACUGCACAGCAUGUUUCCAGGGGUCUCUGAGUUACACUUGGAAGCUCAGUAACAAGCCACACAGUUACCAGAACCAGGAGCUUUCCAUCCCUUUGAAGCAUGUUGGUACUACCACCAAAGCUACAUGUAUCAUAAAAUUUUCGCAAACAGGAAGGAGUUCUGAAAUCUCUUUGAUUCAAUGCCUUCCAGAAGAAAAAGGAGACAGAAGCAGAGGUUCUCUUAUUGGAGCUUUUGUCCUUACUGCAAUUAUCCUAGUAGGACUUUUAAUAUUCCUGUGCAGGAAAGGUACAAAUAAACUUGGAACAGGAAGAAGAACUGCUCACGUUAACAAUCCAGUGAAUGGCUCAGGAGAACAUGAGCAACUUUUUUCUGAGAACAGCCAACAGCAGCCUAACUCAAAGGGAGCUGCAUUUUCACAUGCUGUUCAUGAUGAGAAUGAAGAGCCCAAAGAAGUGCCUGCAAGUUGGUGGAAGCAAUAGGCCUACUAGUAGGCUUGUUUGUGUACAGAGUCCAGAUUGUCCAUGUAGCUCUCACUCAGCGAAAUGUGGCAGGAGAGCCAGCACCACAAUCUGGGCGAUGAGAAGGGGACAUUGAGGGCAAGUUUUUUUCCUCACACUUUUCUGUGUGAGAUGUCUCUCUGGAUCUUUGAUCCUUGUGAGGCUGAAUUGUGCAUUGUUGUACUUUGAGCAGAGAAGCACUCUGCACAGAGCAUGGCGAUCUGGUAGCCAUGGCCUCCGACCUGAUUUUACAGGUUGUAAAGCAACAAGGACUGCCCGCUGAAUGUGGCGCAUAUAGAAGUUUCCAAGAGAUUUGCAGAAUCCUACGGGUGAGCUUCAUCUGAUGCACAACUUAGGAGCUCUUUGCUUCCAAGAGAGCAUUCUCUGUAAGAAGACAGUUUGAAUACAGAAGAAUAAAAGGGAGAUAGGCUGCCAAAGGGGGCAGAGCCAAACUGCAUUUCUGUGCUUCUGUUCUGAUAGGGCGAAGAAUGAAGCCAGAGCACCAGGUAUUUUUGUGAAGCUAUACUGGCACAGUUCUUUCUCCGCUCGUAAUGUUGCCGAGAAAAGAGAGGCAGAAUAUGGGGCUGUGUAGCUCUUACAGAGAAGAUGCAUGAUCUACAUGUGUUGUGGCAGAAGCAAAACCUAGGAGCACUUCCCUACCAGCCUAAUGUUUUCUGUAUGAGAAGUAGAAGACAAUUCGCCUCUGGGAGAAUCAAAGGACCCAAUGGCGAAGAACAAUGCCGCAAAGCAGCAGGCUGGUGUGUGCAUAGUACUGGCUGUAGGGCGCAAGUAAGGGGGGUAAGGGGGCAGUUCAAUGAGAGCUACCUUUACUGCUACCUAUUCCUUUUCCAGCCUUCUGUUGAAAACAUUACAUUUGCCAUUGGGCCCCGAGAUGCGGAGAACAUAUUCAUAGAUGCAGUGGGGAAAGAAAGGACACAGUGACUAGGUAAGUUUGAUGUGUCUUAUGCAGGCAAAACAGAAGGUGCUGCCCCACACUGGCUUUUACUUCCAGAGAUUUUUGCUAGGACAGCAGCUGCCAAAAGUUGGCAACUGAGCUACAAGAGUGGAAAAUGUAGACGGCAUGCCUUUGUGAGAAGGAUGGUACAGAGAGGGAGUGGGCUAUGCACUGUUUCAGAGCUGUUUGGAGAACACAUUCUUAAGAAUGCCUUCUCUGUUCCUCAAAACUUUGCAACAGUAAAGGUGUAAGAAGAUUAUAGCUACGUGCAGAGGUGUUCUCAAGCUGCGCCUUACUUUUCCAAGCAACUAGAGCAUUCUCAGCUGACUCCUGUUUUGAGAGAACUUUUGCUGCACUUUUGCAGUUCAAUACGCUGCUCAAACAAGCCUGGUGCUCUGCCAUUUCAUUCUUGGCUUUAUGUGAUCCAGCGAGAACUGAAGCCCAGCCAUGGCAUUCAGAUUUGCCAUGUCUCAGCACAUAUACUAUACAGAAAUACAGUGUGUUGUGCACACUUUCUCCUCGCCUUUAGGUACACUUCUGUCCUUUUUGCUUGGCAGAGUCCAAAGGGCCCAUAUAGCUCUCUCUCAGCAAAAUGUGACAGGAGAGAAGUACUUGCUGGAUUAGUCAUUCUUUGCCCAAGGCAUUCAACAGAGCAACACAAUCUGGGAAAGGAGAAGGAAACACGAAGGACACAAUUUUAUCCUGGAACAUUUUUCUGUGCAAGACAUCUCUCUGGAGCUCCAUUCCUUGCGAGGUUGUAAUUUGCACCAUGGUACUUCAAGCUGGAAAGAAGCAUGCAAAGAGCAUGUGAUUUGGUGGCGCUUUGCAGUUGGUGAAAGAAAGAGGACAGCCCCUUGAAUGCUGUCUUGGUUUGAAGGACAGGUGUCUGCCAAUAAAGGCAGAAGCUUCUCUUUGAAAUGGAGAAUGUAAACCCCUUCCUCCAAAUUAUUAUUAUAAUUUUGAAAUUAAGGGACUUUCAGGCAAAGAUAGGGGAAUUAGGAAUAACAAUUCUUUACUAGGAAAAUUAAAAUAGAAAUACAGUAUUGCAAAGAACAAUCCCAACUCUGACAGAGUCAGAAUGCAACCUGACACCCUGUCAGUCAGGGUGUUGGUAGCAGUCCAAUUAAAUGGUGGCUACAGUCCUCCUGCAAUGGCAGAUGUGGUUCAGCUGAAGCCAGGGUCCUGUAGAAAGGUGCAGUUUUCCUCUGAAGGUCCAGAGAUGAUGUGGAAAGGUCCGGUGUUCCUCUGGAGUCCAGUGGAAAAAUGGAUAACUUGCAGUUCAAAAUCUCGUUUUUUUUAUCUAAGUAGGAAAGACUUGGCUUCUCCCCCUGGCUGGAGCAUCUCCCAAUGGAAUGAUGUAAUUUUAUCAGUCAUACAGUGGGACUUAAUGGCCCAGCAGCAGAUGAUAUUUUCCUGAAGGGAGGAUGGGUUGUGUAGAAGAAAAAUGAUUGCCUCACUUUGUCUUAAAGAUGGCCCAUUAGCAGAUGGUAUGUGCCACGGAGAUAAGGAAUCACUGCCCCAUCUGGCUUCAACAGAUGGUGAUAGAAUACACAUUUCUGGCCACACCAACCCAACACAAAUGGGGUGCAAACGCAAGUGUCAGACGGAAGCUCGGGGCGAGCUUGAUGUGUAGGCACAGUUCUUUCAUGCAAGAUGUAGCCAAGAAGCUUUCUGUUUAUAUUCCGAAGACAAAAAAGGCAGAAUGUUGUGGUACAGAGGGUUUAAAAGAAAAGUGCACAACUCUGGCGUGUUUUGGCAGAAGCCAGACCUAGGAGCAGAGUGUUCUGUGUGAGAAGUAGGAGGUGGUUCACCUCUGUGAGCAUGUAAGUGCGACAGGACACAAAAGGAGAAGAAUGAAGCCGCAAAGCACACCGGGCUACGCUGAGCGCAAGUGGACCGAAUUGUGAAAGUGCAGCAACAGCUCGUUCACAGUGUCAGCUACGAUUGCUCUUGCUGCUUGAAAAAUUAAAGCACUGCCUUUAGGCUUCAUCACACACAACUUGGAGGUUAGCUCUUUGUCCAACUUUGUGUAUUGCAGAGCGUAUGAUCACCCAGAAAGACAAGCCAAAAGAGAAUGUGUUCUUGAAGUACUCCUUCUUCAAGCAGCCAUGAAACUGCGUACAGACUAGAAUGUGUCUGUAUCUUCCUGCUCUGCUAGACAUGCCAUCAUAUUUUUCACUUUCCCUGGCAUCUCUGUUGCCGACUUUCAGCAGCUCCUUUCAUAGAAAAAAAGCUCUAAAAUUAAAAGCAAGUGCAUAUCUGUACCAUCUGCUUGACGCACGUAAACUGCAUCAAAGUCACCAAUGCACCCUAUUCCUACCCUUUUCCACUGAAUUUAUCAUUGUUCUGCCUGGGUGUUGCGGCAGUAAAGUAAAGCAAGUGCAACUGUUUCCACAGGAGGUUGGAAGAAGAGUAGGUAGCAGCACAAGUAGCCUCCUUAUGACUGCCAGUGUGAAUUCAGAAGCCACGCUCCCGUGGCAGCCAGCAUGCUGCUCCCACCAGCCCCAUUGCUGCUCUGUGGCUUCUUUUUGUGCCUUCUGCAACCUGUCACUCCUCUCAUUAUCCCAGUGGCAAAAAAAAUCUCCUACUUCUAGCGCAGAACACUCUGUCAGCUGUGAAGCGCACUUAAAUACUGCAUCAGCCGAAGCUUGCCCAUAGACUUCCCCUAAAUUUUCCCUGAAUGUUGUAGAUUUAAUAGUCCUUAUGAUAAAGUUGUCAUAAAAUAGUGUCUUUGACUGUGGGCUUUUGCAAAACCAUUCUGAAUGCUAGCGAUUGACAUGGAAACUCAAUGGAUAACAGGGAGAUGGGGAGGAUUCAUAGGAGCAGUACUUACUAUGAUCAUGGGUUGAGUUAAAUUUUUUGCAAAUUUUUGCAAAUUAAAGUGAGACAAGGUGCUACAAGCUUUUUGCUUUUGAAGAAAGAUCAUGAAGUUGAAAUGAGGACCCGCAGAUCUUAAAGUGGACAUAGAAAUCAAUCUUUUGCAAUCAGUGAAUGCAGACAUUGCUGCAUCUUAGAGACACAGUGAGUUAACAGAAAAAAGAAAAACUGCCAAAGGAAAGCCCUUUCUUGUAUGGACUAAGUUCACAGGAAAAAAAGCUGUUUAUAAGCCCUUCUCAUUGUUGUCAUUUCUUGCCAAAUGCUUGUAAGAUUUUCCUGGAAGAUUCAAAUUAUUUGACUUGGUUUCCAUAAGUCACUUUUAAGUGAAAGAGAAAGGCUCUUAGUCAACUUUGAGUAAGAAGUUAUAGAAAGUGUUCUGGGAAGAUUCCCCACAGUAAUUUAGUUUAGGUUCCAUUACAAUAAUAGUGAAAAGUAAUGGUAUUUUUAUAGUUACAGUUGGAUUUUCAGUCUAAUUUUAUCUGUGACCUAAUUCCUAUGUUGUGUGAUGGUAUUUUAUUCAAAUUCAUAAUUUUCUGGGUGAUCAUAAGCAGUGUCAAUCACAGUCCAGUUUCAAAUUUUAAAAAUUGUAAUCUUGUACUACAGACUUCACUAUUUAUAUAUGCAGCUAUCUUGGAGAUGGUGCAGUGUCCAUCAUUUCUGCGAAUGGCUGGUUAUCUGUAUUAAAAUGCAGGGAAAUCAUGCAUUUUGAAAUGGCAGUGGCAAUGCAAAUUGUAUAAAAUUUCAUGCCCUUCCAAAAAGUUUUGUUGAUGUUAUGAUUCUAUAUCUUGUUUUAGUUCCUGAUUGAAAUGAUUCUUUGGUCACCUGGAGAAUUUUUUCUGUAUUCUUGGCCAGGACGGCUGGAGAUUGUCCUUUGGAUCUGUCAUCCAUUAAAUUCCUUUUUGGCAGAAACAUUAUUCCCCGGAAACAUGAUCUUUCUGAAGCUUAGUCUUAGGCUAUUGUAUUGUUAUCUGUAUCCCUCUUCCCUAGCAACACUCUCCUGAGCACAGUAGGAAAUAAGUAUUGCAGCAGCCCCCAGAGAGGCUAUAUAGUUGCUGACACUGAGAGAAUUAAAACUAAAUAUCUGUAAGUUAUUUUUUUCCCAGGAAAAAAAACUUCAGAUGUGAAGACUGACUUACUAUCAGAGCUGUUACUUUGUGACCUUGGCGUCCUGUGUUAGAGUAUUUUGUAUGAGUUAUGCCUACAUGUUCAUAUUGAUGCUAGAAUCAAUAUGAAAACAGUUUUGCACAGACUGAUGUUUUGCCCUUCUCUUUUCAUUAUUCAGUUAGUUAGUUCACAUCUGUAUUCAUCUCUGAAUACUAGGCAUGAGGGAAAGAGGAUAUUAAUCCUUCCCCACCAGUAUUUGGACCAAUAGUUCAUGUUUUUCAGAAUCAUGGCAAUUUGGCAAUGUCUGCCAUUUCCACAUAAUUUUCAACGUCCUUUACCUAAUCACAUUAUUUUUUCACUUUUACAAAUUUUUUCCCCACAAGUGUAGGAUUUUUUUCAUGAUUUUCCCUGAUUUUCUUAUUCUUAACAGUGGAAGCUGAUUGUAUGGUUUUCGAUUCUGUUUUAUUAUGGUUAAGGUAUAAAAAGCAAUCAAAGGGGUCUCAUUUUCUGCCUCAGUAACCUAAGUGUUUCCAAGUUAAUUAGGCUUUGAUGUUAUACUCUAAGAAUUCCUGCUUAGUACUUCACUUUCCUGGAAGCUGAUUCUGCUGAUUUUCUGAUAAUAUACUUCUUCACUUAACAAAUAAACUAGGAGGGAAAAAAUUAUGAUGGUGGUUGAAUUUGAUAAGGUAUUAUUAAUACAGAAUGAAAACUGGUAUGUUCUUUCUUCCUCCCAUGCAUGUGGGGAUUUAUAUGCAAGUGGGAAAAAUUAUAAUGUCAAGUCAGUAAUCUAAAUGUCUCUGUUGCUGUUGCUCUUCUCAGAUACUGUACUAUUACUUAGAAUGCUUUUCGUGGACUAUUUCUAUGUUGAUGAAAAUCAUUUUUGAUACAGCUGGCUGGUCUGGGGGUUGAAGUCUCCCCUACAUGCCUUUUUUAAGUGCUCUGAAUUAACACCUGGUAGUAUCACUUUGACUGAAUGGAAAAUUAUGCCUCUAAUUUCGUACCAACAGUGCCCAGGUUUUCUGACAUUUUCUGAAUGCCCUCUCAGUACAAAUAAUGCAUAUUCUAUAUGCUAAAGUGUCUUUCACGUUUCUCUGAGUUCCUGUCUGCCAUCACUCACUCUUGUUUGUACUAUACUAUUUUAAAUCCACAGAGCUGAACAACUUUAAUCUCUAUUCUGUUCUUGACUGGAUCUAUAUUAAAAAAAAUCCAAGCCUGUUCUUAAUCUUAUUUUGCAUCCAAACAAAUCCAAGAAUUCUCAAAGAUUAUAAAAGGAACAAAAUCUUUUAAAAAACCCCAAAGAAAUUGGAAAAUGAAUGUAUGUACUCAUCCAUACAUACUGAGCCACUGGCUACACCUUCAUUAAGUCUUAGCAUAAUUCAGAAACAUUUAAAGUUGGAAAAUGCCAUUGAAUCCAACCAUAAAAUGUUUUUUGCCACCAGCAUACAAAAUUUUUGCUUAGUCUUAGUCUUAGUCUUUGCUUAGUCUCUUAGGAGUCAGAUAUCCAGACUGUCAUGGCUCAGGUGACUGUUGUUUUUAGCACUAUUGCUGACAAAGGGCCAUGCCAGUCUUUCUACUUCCAACAGGAAAUUCCACCCUAGAAAAUAAAUUCUCAUGGAGAAAUGUACUCUAUUUGACUGCACUUUAGGAAAAAACAGUGCACAAAAUCUCUUAAAGAAGUAAUAUACACCUUACUCUAAGUAGCAAGCGUUUUCUGAACUUUGACUUUCCUGUAUUAAGCGUUUCUGGAAUAAACUCUCAUUUUGUAGAGAGUAGGCAAAUAAUUAUUAGCUUACAUGAUUUCACAGUGAUAAAUUUUGAAAACAAGAUUAUUUUCCUGAGUGUUUAAAUAACGUCCAAAAAAAGCUGUGGUUCAUACUGGAAGUAUAAAUUUUGAGAGUUACAGGAUAUUUGGAUCCAGAUGACAUCUGGGAGAAGUGGCACAUCCUGCACAACACCUCUAUAGAUAAAUAUUUACAAGUGAGGACACUUCAGAAAGAGAAAAAACUGACAAAAGGAAAAUGGUGUGGAACUUCCUCUCUUCCAUGCUAUACUUCUUAAUUUGCAUAAUAGCCUGAUGUGUUAACACAGAAACCUGUAAGAAACUGGAAAGAAUUAAAAACCCUUUAGAAGCAUUGGAUUAUUUAUUCAGUGUAAUUUUGCCUGGUGCUUCAUAUUUGAAGAACAGCUGGGAGACAGAACACUCAAAAUGCAGAUAAUUUCUGGAAAUUUCUAAGGCAGUGUAUCAUCUAACAUGUUGCUUUUUCCUUACUUCACCUAUUGUCCUUUAAGAAAUACCAGCUGAGUGACCCUCUUGGCAUAAUGUUUGAAUUUAAAUUCUCAAAAUAUAGUCAUAUUUAAGACAUACAUGCAUUCAAUUAGAAUGGGUGUUGACGAACCAAUCUUUCAUACAUAAUGGAAACUACUUCAAUUUCUAUGCUACUCAUUCAAUUAUUUACACUCCAAGCUAGGAGUUUUCUCAUAAAACUUUUCUGUCUUUAUUUUCCACACCCCAAGAAGUAAAAUUCAUGAGUUUAGGAGGUAGUGCAAGAAUUGCUAUAACAAAACUUUCUUAAAUUUCAUUGCAAUAAUUAAAAAUGUCGAAUCUUUAGAUGAACUGAAGACAAGACAUAGCAGUUCAGUUUAAGAGCGUGACAGAUGCACUACAGGAACUAGGAAAUCCCUGGGAAAUUUCACGGAAUUGAUAGUUUUAACUUACAGAGUUUAUUUAGGCAGAAGUUUGGAAAUACCAGCAUGUAUCAAAGAAAGAGAAAUUUGGUGAAAUUAGCCCAUUCGGGAAUGAUACAGAAUCAAAAUGGAUCAAGACAACUAGAGUUGCAAAGCACAAUGUCCAGGUGGCUUUAGAAUAUUUCUGAGGAUGAAGGCCCUGCAACGCCUCUGAGGCAAUUAUGGUGGUGCUUAUUCACCUUCACAGUAAAAACAGGUCUCUGUGUUCCUGAUGUCUGACAGAAUAAACUGUGUUUGUUCGUGCCUGUUA